AAGCUUAAUCUAUUUUUCAUUCCUACUUUAAAAAAAAUGGUUUCCAUGUCUAAGAUUGCCACUGGGAAUGGCCAUGGUGAAAACUCACCUUAUUUUGAUGGAUGGAAGGCAUAUGAGGUCAAUCCAUUUCACGCUAUUGACAGGCCUGAUGGUGUCAUUCAAAUGGGUCUAGCUGAGAAUCAGCUUUGCUUUGAAUUCAUCAAAAAGUGGCUAAUGGAACACCCAGAGGCCUCCCUUUGCACUCCGGAAGGUGUCUACAAAUUCAAAGAGACUGCUCUUUUCCAGGAUUAUCAUGGGAUGCCCGAGUUCAGACAGGCUGUUGCAAAAUUCAUGGGGAAAGUGAGGGGGGAUAGAGUGAAAUUUGACCCUGACCGCAUUGUUAUGAGUGGUGGAGCAACUGGGGCUCACGAAAUGGUUGCCUUUUGCUUGGCAGAUCCCGGUGAAGCAUUACUGGUUCCCACUCCAUAUUAUCCAGGAUUUGAUCGUGACUUGAGGUGGAGGACAGGAAUAGAACUUGUUCCAGUGAUUUGUGAAAGUUGCAAUAAUUUCCAAAUCACUAGAAACGCCUUGGAAGCUGCGUAUGAAAAAGCUGAAGAAGCUAACCUCAGGGUCAAGGGAUUGCUCAUAACAAAUCCAUCAAAUCCAUUGGGAACUAUCAUGGAUCGCGGCACAUUGAGGAGCAUAGUGAGGUUCGUAAACGAAAAGAACAUUCACCUUAUAGGUGACGAGAUUUAUGCGGCCACAGUUUUCAAGGACCCUGAUUUCGUUAGCAUUUCUGAGGUUAUAGACGAAGUUGAAUGCAACCGUGACCUUAUCCACAUUGUUUACAGUCUUUCAAAAGACAUGGGGUUCCCUGGUUUCCGAGUCGGCAUCGUGUACUCGUACAACGAUGCUGUGGUGAAUUGUGCUCGGAAAAUGUCUAGCUACGGCUUGGUGUCCUCACAAACACAGCAUUUGGUCGCGACGAUGUUAAACGACGACGAUUUCGUUGAUAACUUCAUAGUGGAGAGCAAAGAGCAGUUGUUCAAAAGGCACAAGUAUUUCACAUGGAGUCUUUCGCAAGUCGGUAUCGGUUCUUUGAGGAGCAAUGGAGGGUUGUUUAUAUGGAUGGACCUUCGUAAAGUCCUCAAAGAAAUGACUUUCGAAGGUGAAAUGGAUUUGUGGAGGGUGAUCAUCAAUGAAGUUAAGCUCAAUGUUUCGCCAGGCUCUUCUUUCCAUUGCCAGGAGCCAGGUUGGUUCAGGGUUUGCUUUGCUAACAUGGAGGAUAGCACCUUGGAAGUUGCUCUAUCCAGGAUCAGAACCUUUAUUCUUAACAACAACGACGCCAUAGUUCCUCGCAAACUCUGCAGACGCAGCAGCCUUAAACCCAGCUUAUCGCGAAGCUUAUCUCGAAGAAUGGAUGAUUUCGUGUCACCUACAGGCAUUACGUCUCCUCAAUCACCCCUCGUCCGAGCCAGAACUUAAGCCGAAAACCAGAUUUUCGACAGUAACGGAGAAAAGGGUAGUUCAAUCUACUUGUGUUUUUUUUCUUAUUCUUUAAUCUGUAAAAAAAAAUAGAGAAUCUGAUGCAUUGUUUGCCAUGGAGAUGACCCGUGCACAAGUGUCCUUUUGGUGGAAGCUCUCCGUCGCACGGGGACCUCCAUGGACUCAUGCAUCAGCGUUGUCCCGUUUGUUCAACAAUUGUAUUUCUUUUUUCUUUCUUUCGUCGCAUUAAGUGCGAUGUGAGGAAAGUUCAAUGCUGGUGAGCACUGCUGGUGCAUUAAGUAUACCAUUGUUGGCUGUUUUCUUUUGUUUAUCAGGAAAUUGUAAUAUAA